AACCUACCCAGAAACCUCUCUCUCUCUCUCUCUCUACAAUGGCCACAAUGCCUCUUCUCUGCAUUGCCACAUUUCUCUCUCUUUUCGCCGCCGCCACUGCUCGAAUCCCCGGAGUUUACACCGGCGGUCCAUGGCUCGCGGCUCACGCCACUUUCUAUGGCGGCAGUGAUGCUUCUGGAACCAUGGGUGGUGCUUGUGGGUACGGGAAUCUGUACAGCCAGGGCUAUGGAGUGAACACAGCGGCUCUGAGCACUGCUCUGUUCAACAAUGGCCUCAGCUGUGGUGCGUGCUUCGAGAUCAAGUGCGUCCAGGACCAGAAAUGGUGCAACCCUGCAAGUCCUGCCAUUAUUGUCACUGCCACCAAUUUCUGCCCUCCCAACUUCGCUCUCUCCAGCGACAAUGGAGGAUGGUGUAACCCCCCUCGAUCGCACUUCGAUCUCGCCAUGCCUGUCUUCCUUAAGAUCGCUCAAUACCGCGCCGGAAUCGUUCCCGUCAGCUACCGCCGAGUGGCAUGCAGAAAGAGAGGGGGAAUCAGAUUCACGAUCAACGGCUUCCGUUACUUCAACUUGGUGCUGAUCACCAACGUUGGAGGUGCAGGGGAUAUUGUGCGCGCAAGCAUCAAAGGAUCUAAGACAAACUGGAUGAGCAUGACUCGCAACUGGGGGCAAAACUGGCAAUCCAACGCCGAUUUGGGAGGCCAGGCUCUUUCGUUUAGAGUCACCGGCAGCGACAGGCGGACCUCCACCUCCUGGAACGUGGCACCCCCUAAUUGGCAGUUUGGCCAGACAUUCAUGGGCAGGAAUUUCCGUGUCUAGCCAUAUAUAUCUACCUUUCCGCCAAUGGUUCUUUUUGUAAUUUUAACUUGUCCGGUCCAGGUUCACACGCCUUCAGCUUUCGGUCAUUUUACCGGGGAAGUUUGAGGUUAGCUAGAACUUAAUAGGAACAACGGUAAGAGUAGGGGCAGUUAGGAAAAAAGAGUGAAAGUGACGUUUAUGGUUAUGUGAGAUUUUUUUUUUAUUUAAAAUUUUUGGGUGGGGUUGGGGAAUUUGUCAAAAUGUAUCAGUAAAGUGUAAUGGAGUCGCUGGUUCGUAUUAAAAUACCCAGCAAUGUGUAAUUUUUUUUUUUUUGGUUGGUGUGUAAAAUGCUGAGGCGGCGGCAAGAUUUUGCAUGUAGCCCGCAGCUCUGUCUCUGAUUAAUCAUUAUUACAUAUAAUAAUAUAUAUUUAAGUUGUCAUUUAA